AUGAAUCUAUCUACAAUUCGACCUUUAUAUAAAGCUAGUCAAUCGGAAAAAUUCAUUCCAGAUUCAUUAUCAUCAUCAAGUAAUAAAAUAUUACUUGGUCAUGAAGAUGAAGUACAAUUAAUAAGAUCAUCAACACAAAUGGAUCAUGGUGACAUUGAUGAUGAAGAAUUUUCAUUAUGUAAAGAUGAAUCAUUGGAUAUGAAUAAUGUUCCAAAACCUGUUACACUAAAUAUGGUACUAGCGUCAAGUAAUAUGUUUCAAAGGACAAAUACAUUACCAUCAUCAUAUUCACCAUAUGAUUCAUCAAAUAAUCAAGGUUCAAAAGGAUUAUUAAAUGAUCCCAACAAGCCAUCUGGAAUCUUUGAAUUGAUCGAAGUUGUUGAGAAUGAAAGAUAUGGACAAGUUUAUAAAGGUCGUCUUACAAAAACAAGUCAAUUGGCUUCAAUUAAAGUUAUGGAUGUUACAGAAAGUCAAGAAGAAGAAAUCAAAUUAGAGUUGGUUAUGGAAUAUUGUGAUGCUGGAUCAAUCACACAUUUAGUUAAAUCAACAAAAGGAAAUUUUUUAAAAGAAGAAUGGAUAUCUUAUUACGUGGAAAAAGAUGAUAAUGGGAAUUUCUUAGCACCAAAUAGCAUUUGGAGCGGCAACGCAGUGUAUAAAGCGUAUGAUGCUCGUUCUCCUCAUCAACGAUCAUCACAAUCAUCAUCAUCAUCAAUCACAUGGAACCACUUUUUAUCUACACUUGGAAAUUAUGCUCGAGGAGAAUAUCUUAUAUCUUCAAUAAUUCAACAAAUAUCAGAUUUAAAAAAUGAACAAUCAUUUGCUGAUAUUUAUUGUCAAAUUACAGAGUUUUGUCAAUUGAAUAAUAUUGAUUUAGUUGAGCAAUACAGACCACGUCGAACAACAGCUGUUUCUGCUCGAUUUAAUGAAUAUGGUGAUUUAAAUGCAAUUAAGAAUGAGUUUAUGGUGAUAAAACCAAUGAUUAAAAGCAAAUCAACAUCUGAUGUUAUUGAAUUUUUGAAUGAAUUAUUACCGGUAGCAAGUGCAUUUCCAACCACCAUUCGAAUGAUUAAAGCUUCAAUAACAAUGCCCAUAUCUCAAGUUACUUAUGAAAGAAGCUUCUCCAAAACGAAGUUAAUCAAAACAUAUGCACGAAAUUCUAUGAAUGACAGUCGUCUAAGUGAUUUAACUGCUUUAGCAACAGAACGUUCAUUUGAAAUAGAUUUUGAAGAAGUAAUAGAUGUUUUUGCGAAUAAUCACAAGGACAGUAGAAUUAUUUUACGUUGA